CGCCGCCGUUACGGCGGGCGGCCAUUUUGUUCGGCGCCGAGCGCGAGAGGCUCUCGCCACCGUCUCUGAGGCUGCCCGUUGCCGCUCCCUGCCUCGGAGGCUGCCGGGCUGCUCGUCACGGCGGCUGCCCGAACCGAGGGGCAGCGCCGGGCGAGGCCGCCGGAGGGGCCCCGCCGGUAGCUGUACCCUCCCUGAGGCGCGGGUCGGGGUGGCAGCGGCGGCGGCACCCCCUUCAGCCGCCGCCAUGUCGGAGCUGGCGCUGGAGGAGCUCUCGGCUCUCGCCGCCAUCUACUGCGAGCCGGACGCCUGCGAAGUGCUGGCGGUCUCAGAGACGCAUGGAAUCACAUUUACAAUUCAAAUCAGCGUGAAAGAACUGCUGGAUACAGAUGUACUUUUAAAGUUGUUAUUUCGUUUACCAGUCAAUUAUCCAUCAAUUCUACCAGAUAUUUCUGUUAACUCAGACCAGCUUACGAGGGCCCAAUGUAUGGACGUGAAAUAUAAACUACUUGAGCAAGCAAAGAAGCAUCUUUCUGAACCCAUGGUACAUGAUCUGAUUCUUUGGAUACAGCAGCAUCUUAAGUACGUCGUUAAGCAAUCAGCAACAGUUUGCGAUGAAAAAACUACUUUGUCAAAAGGAACAAGUACAGAGGAUGGUAUCUGGAUGCUCCUUUUGCAUUUAGAUCACAUGAGAGCAAAGGCAAAAUACGUCAAAACUGUGGAAAAAUGGGCUUCGGAUCUAAGGCUGACUGGAAGACUGAUGUUCAUGGGCAAGAUAAUAUUGAUUCUUCUUCAGGGUGACAGGAGCAACAUUAAGGAGUACUUGAUUCUUCAGAAAACUUCUAAGGUAGAUGUGGACUCAAGCGGAAAGAAAUGCAAAGAGAAAAUGAUGAGCGUACUGUGUGAGACAAAAGUGCAGUCGCAGCAUAAAAGGUUUCAGACGUUUGAAGUCAAAGAAUUUUCAACGCUGGAUGAGCUACAAAAGGAAUUUGAAACUGCAGGACUUAGAGCACUUUUCUCUGAGUUUGUGCCUCCUCUCUUAAAAUAAAAUGAAAACACUGGACUCUGACGAAAGCAGUAGCUGACUGCAGAUGCCCAUGGAAGAUAAAAGGACUAAUUUGGUAAACAAUGUUAAAGCUUUUCUGCAGAGGUUGCCAGAAGUAGCCAUCCUCCUGCAAGAAGGAGAAGGCAAUUCAUACAUUAAGAAUUGAUAAUUUUUUGACAUUUAUGCAUUGAUAACUUUUUCAAAGGAAUGUGGAGUUAAUUGUGAUAAUUGCAUGGCUAGCAUGAGAGAUGGGGAAGAAAUUAUGUUAAAAUAAUAGUCUUCUAGUUAGAUCCUGUUUUGCUGUCCCUCUUUUUCAAAGUUUUGGGUUUUCUCUCUCAUGGUAGUGGUUUUUCAUCAUGGCCUGCUAGAAAGCAUGAUUAAUUUUGCUUUGAAAGCUUACAUAAAGAUGUUUCUCUAAAAAGCAUAGCAAACACAGAUUUGAAUGUGUGAGGACAGCACAUACUUAAUAUCCUGCUAACUUUUCCUUCUCCAUUUAUUUGACUAUCAAUGCUAGACUGCUGAUGAAAGAAAAAGUUCAUGUUGCUUGGGGCCUGAAAUAAAGUGUCUUUCUGAAUGUCA